AUGCAACCCAUCACCCUCUACUCCCACCAACAGGGUCCCAACCCGUGGAAAGUGGCCCUCAUCAUGGAAGAGCUUCAAAUCCCCUACACCACCACCUUCGUCAAUUUCACCGACGUCAAAAAAGAGCCCUACACGCUCAUCAACCCGAACGGCCGCCUUCCCGCCAUCCACGACCCCAACACCGGCCUGCACCUCUGGGAGUCCGGCGCCAUCACCGAAUACCUGAUCGAGAGGUACGACGUCGAGCAUAAGAUCAGCCCCGCAAGUUGGGCCGAAAAGUACCACGCCAAGCAAUGGCUGUACUUCCAGGUCUCCGGACAAGCGCCCUACUACGGACAGGCGGCGUGGUUCAUAAAGGCCCACCCUGAGAAGGUGCAGAGUGCGAUUGAUCGGUACCAGAAGGAGAUCCAUCGGGUGUGUGGCGUGCUCGAGUCGGUGCUGAAGAAUAGGGACUGGUUAGUGGGCGAGAAGUGCACCUAUGCCGAUCUUUGUUUCGUGGCCUGGCAGCGGUUCGGGCCCCGGUUUGCAGGAGAGGACCUGUACGAGAAGUUUCCGAGGGUCGGGGCGUGGAUGAAGAGAAUGGAGGCGAGGGAGACUGUGGCCAAGGUGUAUGCCGAUCAGGACCGAGCUAUGGCUGAACUUGAGGGCAAGAAAUAG